AUGGUGCACAUUUUUGACGUUGGAACCCGGGCGUGGCAACCUGACCCGACAGAGGGAUGGGUGGGCUCUGAGGUCGUGGAGAAGUUAGUGGAUGGAGACAAAGUGACUCUGGUCUUUUCCUUGGAUAAUGGAGAGACCAAGACGGUCGAGACUACGGAGGCAGAAUUACAACUGGACAACAAUGGAUCGCUUCCACCCCUUAUGAAUCCGUCGAUGCUGGAGGCAAGCGAAGACCUCACUAACCUGUCCCAUUUAAACGAACCGGCUGUUCUGCAAGCUAUUAAGCUCCGGUACUACCAGAAGGAAAUCUACACAUACAGUGGCAUCGUGCUUAUUGCAACAAAUCCGUUCGCUCGUGUUGAUUCUCUCUAUGUUCCGCAGAUGGUUCAGAUAUACGCAGGAAAACAAAGGGCUACACAAGCUCCCCAUCUUUUCGCUAUUGCUGAAGAAGCAUUUUCGGAUAUGUUGAGAGACUCCCAAAACCAAACAAUCGUUGUCUCUGGAGAAUCUGGAGCAGGAAAAACUGUGAGCGCGAAAUAUAUCAUGAGAUACUUUGCCACGAGAGGAACCCCCAAUCAAUCGGGAUCGUACAAUGCUGGGAGGGUGGAUUCAAUUAGCGAGACGGAAGAACAGAUUUUGGCGACAAAUCCGGUUAUGGAAGCUUUUGGAAAUGCGAAGACCACUCGUAACGAUAAUUCUUCACGAUUUGGUAAAUAUAUUGAGAUUAUGUUUGACGAGAAGACAAAUAUUAUCGGAGCGAAAAUAAGAACAUAUCUCCUCGAGCGCUCAAGACUUGUUUUUCAGCCUCUGAAAGAGAGAAAUUAUCAUAUUUUCUACCAGCUUGUUGCCGGAGCUUCUGAGUCGGAACGACAGGAGUUGGGCCUCUUGCCUAUCGAGGAAUUCGAAUAUCUGAACCAAGGAGGAGCUCCUGUGAUCGAUGGAGUUGACGAUAAAACCGAACUCGAUGCGACGAGGAAAUCGCUCACGACAAUUGGCGUGACGGAGGAGACCCAGGCUGAUAUAUUCCGGGUUCUGGCCGCGCUUCUGCACCUGGGAAAUGUCAAGAUUGUUGCUACUCGUACUGAAUCUUCCCUUUCUUCCACUGAACCGUCCCUUGUGCGGGCGUGUGAGAUGUUAGGAAUUCAGGCAAGCGAGUUCGCCAAAUGGAUUGUAAAAAAACAACUCAUCACGCGCGGCGAGAAAAUAACAUCGAAUCUUACCCAGCAGCAGGCUAUAGUCGUUCGGGACUCAGUUUCGAAAUUCAUAUACUCAAGCUUAUUCGACUGGCUAGUCGAAACCAUAAACCGCGGGUUGGCAACAGAAGAUGUCUUAAAUAGAGUUAAAUCCUUUAUCGGAGUUCUGGAUAUUUACGGUUUCGAACAUUUCGCCAAAAACUCUUUCGAGCAAUUUUGUAUCAAUUAUGCGAACGAGAAGCUACAGCAAGAAUUUAAUCAGCAUGUGUUCAAACUUGAACAGGAAGAGUAUGUCAGAGAACAAAUUGAUUGGAAAUUUAUUGAUUUCUCAGAUAAUCAACCCUGCAUCGAUCUAAUUGAGGGAAAACUUGGAGUUUUGUCACUCCUGGAUGAAGAAUCUCGAUUACCAAUGGGCUCUGAUGAACAAUUCGUGACAAAACUGCAUCAUCACUUUGGUGCAAAUAAACAAAAGUUUUACAAGAAGCCUCGAUUUGGAAAAUCUGCUUUCACCGUGUGCCAUUAUGCCGUUGACGUUACGUAUGAAUCUGAUGGGUUUAUUGAGAAGAACAGGGACACUGUUCCUGAUGAGCACAUGGAAAUUCUCCGUAAGUCUUCCAACGGCUUUGUGAAGGCUGUGCUCGAAGCUGCCUCUGCCGUUCGCGAAAAGGACUCGGCGGCCGUGUCCUCUCGCCAAGUUGCGGCGCCAGGUCGGAAGAUCGGUGUUGCAGUCAACCGCAAACCCACUCUUGGUGGCAUUUUCAAGUCCUCGUUGAUAGAGCUUAUGAACACCAUAAACUCGACAGAUGUUCAUUACAUUCGGUGUAUUAAACCUAAUGAAGGCAAGGAAGCGUGGAAAUUUGAAGGACCCAUGGUUCUUAGCCAGCUGAGAGCCUGUGGUGUCUUGGAGACUGUUAGGAUAAGCUGCGCAGGCUAUCCUACACGAUGGACAUACGAAGAGUUUGCUCUGCGGUACUAUAUGCUCUGCCAUUCAUCACAGUGGACUUCGGAGAUACGCGAUAUGGCCCACGCCAUUUUACGAAAAGCCCUUGGCGACGUCGGUCAUCAGCAGCAGGAUAAGUAUCAGCUUGGGUUGACGAAAAUCUUUUUCCGAGCUGGAAUGCUUGCCUUUCUUGAGAAUCUCCGCACGUCACGAUUGAACGAGUGUGCGACCAUGAUCCAGAAAAACCUCAAGUGCAAGUACUAUCGUCGCAGAUACCUCGGGGCUCGGGAGUCUAUCCUUACCACACAAAGCGUCAUCAGGGGGUUUUUGGCACGGCAACAUGCAGAGGAAAUUCGUCGUAUCAAAGCUGCUACAACUAUUCAAAGAGUGUGGCGUGGCCAAAAGGAGCGGAAGAAAUAUGUCAGUAUACGGAAAAAUGUUAUUCUUUUCGAGUCUAUCGCCAAAGGUUACCUUUGUCGACAUAAUAUUAUGGAUACCAUCCUUGGAAAUGCAGCCAAAACUAUCCAACGUGCAUUCCGGUCCUGGCGUUCGAUUCGUGCAUGGAGGCAAUACCGCAGGAAAAUUAUCAUUAUUCAGAAUCUUUACAGAGGUAGAAAGGCGCGGAGUCAAUACAAGAAGCUACGUGAGGAAGCAAGGGAUCUUAAACAGAUUUCCUAUAAAUUGGAAAACAAGGUCGUGGAACUCACUCAAUCCCUGGGAACACUCAAGCGCGAGAACAAAGUUCUUACAACACAGCUCGAGAACUACGAGAGUCAAGUCAAGUCCUGGAGAAGCCGACACAACGCACUGGAAGCUCGAACCCGCGAAUUGCAAGCCGAGGCGAACCAAGCGGGUAUUUCAGCUGCACAGUUGACUGCAUUGGAAGAGGAAAUGGCUAAAUUGCAACAAAAUCAUUCGGAGGCAUUGGCAACCGUGAAGCGACUCCAGGAAGAAGAAAAGGCGGCGCGUGAAUCUCUCAAAUCGGCGAUUGCCGAGCUCGAGAAAUUGAGACAAGCCAAUGAGGAUCACGAACUCGAUAAGGACUCCCUCCGCCAGCAAAUAUCUGAACUCCAGGAUGAAUUAGAGCUUGCUAAGAGAUCCGUCCCUGUCAAUGGGGUUAAUGGCGACCUUCAAAACGGAACUGGCUCUCAGCCUCUUGUUAGUGGACUGAUCAACCUUGUUUCGUCAAAGAAACCUAAACCGAAGAGACGCAGUGCUGGGGCUGAAAGGAUCGACAGCGAUCGCUUAAGUGGUGCCUAUAAUCCACGACCGGUAUCGAUGGCCGUGCCAAGUGGAAGCCGUGCACGCUCGAAUCUGUCCGGCUCCACUUUUGCUCCAGGGGUUGAUUCUAUCGAAAUGGAACUGGAGAGGCUGUUGUCUGAAGAAGACGCACUUAACGACGAAGUUACGAUUGGUCUGAUCCGGAACUUGAAAAUUCCUCUUCCAGGUUCUACGCCACCACCAACAGAGAAAGAGGUCCUUUUCCCAUCAUACCUUAUAAACCUUGUGACAUCUGAGAUGUGGAAUAACGGCUUUGUGAAGGAAUCCGAAAGGUUCCUUGCUAACGUGAUGCAAUCCAUUCAACAAGAUGUUAUGCAACAUGAAGGUGAAGAUGCAAUUAACCCUGGUGCGUUCUGGCUUUCCAACGUGCACGAGAUGCUAUCGUUCGUCUUCCUGGCCGAGGAUUGGUACGAGGCGCAGAAAACGGACAACUACGAGUACGAUCGUCUUUUGGAAAUCGUGAAGCAUGAUCUAGAAAGCUUGGAAUUUAACAUCUAUCACACUUGGAUGAAAGUCUUGAAACAAAAGCUUUUCAAGAUGGUUGUCCCAGCUAUCAUCGAGUCUCAGUCACUUCCAGGGUUUGUGACUAACGAAACUAACCGCUUCCUUGGAAAACUCCUCCCAUCUAACCCCCCGGCUUACAGCAUGGACAAUCUCUUGAGCCUUCUCAACAGUGUCUAUAAGGCGAUGAAAGGGUAUUAUCUCGAGGACACUAUCAUUCUGCAAACCGUCAAUGAGCUUCUUCGUCUUGUCGGUGUCACUGCAUUCAACGAUCUGCUGAUGAGAAGAAAUUUCUUGUCAUGGAAGCGUGGCCUGCAAAUCAAUUACAAUAUCACUAGGAUUGAGGAAUGGUGUAAGAGCCAUGAUAUGCCGGAAGGUACCCUGCAACUUGAGCACCUCAUGCAAGCUACGAAAUUACUUCAACUUAAGAAAGCUACUCUCAACGAUAUCGAGAUUAUCCAGGAUAUCUGCUGGAUGCUCUCCCCCAACCAAAUACAGAAACUCCUCAACCAGUAUCUGGUUGCCGAUUACGAACAGCCCAUUAAUGGCGAAAUCAUGAAGGCGGUUGCCUCUCGCGUUACUGAAAAGAGCGAUGUCCUUCUCCUGACAGCAGUUGACAUGGAUGAUAGCGGUCCUUACGAAAUUGCCGAGCCACGUCAAAUCACAGCUCUAGAAACCUACACGCCAUCAUGGUUGCAAACACCUCGUCUGAAACGACUCGCGGAGAUCGUGUCCACGCAAGCCAUGGCACAGCAAGAGAGGUUUGAGAUGGGGGAACAGUCUGAGGCUAUCGAUGUGUCCGCAUAA